GGCAGGUUUGGGAUAUAAAUGCGUACAGCGAUUUCUACAAAUAAUGAUAUUUUUGCAGAUCCUCUACCAGAAAUACAUGAGCCUGUCGCCUGCGAAUCAGAUGAACAAGACAUCGUGUUUGUGCUGGAUUCCUCUACGAGUGUGGGAACUGGAAACUUCAAGGAGAUGCUGGACUUUGUCAGGGACAUGUUAUUGGAUGCUGAUGUUGAUUCCGGGUCUGUCCGAGUAGGAGUUGUCCUGUACAGUACCGAUGUCUCCGUGGAGUUCCAUCUAAACACCUUCAACAACAAGCCAGAACUGUUCAGCGCUAUAGAGAACAUCAGGUACAUGUACGGGAACACUAACACGGCAGGCGGAUUGACAGCUCUGACAAGUGAGAUGUUUAUAACCAGAAACGGGGACCGACCUAGCGCCAGGAACAUUGCUUUUAUACUCACUGACGGACAGUCCAACAUAAAUUCAGCCGACACCAUUCCUGCUGCUGAGGACGCCAAGGGAGCCGGGAUUGAGAUAUAUGCUAUCGGGAUUGGUCUAGCAGAAGUUGACGAACUCAAGGGAAUUUCCAGUCAACCCUUGUCCAAGUACUUACAUACUGUUGACGAUUUCACAGAACUGGAAGGAUUACGGGAGAAUAUGUUCAACACAAUAUGUGCCGGUAUUGAAUCAUCUAGACGAUAUUGUGUUCAGCUUGAUUGGAUAUCUUUAAAAAAUCUUUAAAAUAUACCCAAUAGGUGUAGCUGGUAUGAUGUUCAUUGCAGUAAAUUUAAUGCAGUGCCUACCUUCAAUGUAUUGCACGAUGAUGAUACUACUUCUUCUUACAAACAAGAAAAGGUGCCAUCACCGUAUUAAGUGAUUAGCUGCCGAUAUGAAUUCGAGAUAAGUAAAAACAUAUUGCGCUUUUGAUAAAUAUAUUACCCGAGAAUUAUACUUACAUCGUAAACUUUGAAAAGUCAUGCAUUUUGUCGGCAAUUUAGUACGGAGCAUAAAUUAAUCAAUUUGGCUUAACUGCGAUCAAAUCAAUGUUGUGAUUGGGAAGCUUACUGAUGAACUAGACGUUACCCACACGUGACAAGUUAGCAGUAUAGGCAAAUUGAAUCUUACCAAUAAGAUUUUAAAUGACGUAAAGAAAAUUCAUCUUCAAAUUUCAAGAUAUUUAACUUCUUAUAUUUUUUCAUGACUAUUUAUGAUUAACAACAUAAUUACAAAUCUUAUUAAAAUUAAACAUAAAUAUUAAAGAAGUCUUUAUUAACAUCGAUAUAGUGAUAUUUUGAGAAAGAAGUGUAAUGUAAAGAGAUACAAAAUCAUACUAUCUUUACUUGUGGAUAGCUAGAUAAAAUAUAUCAUGUUUAAAUUAAGUAAAAUGAAGUAAAA